GGCAUUACUCUAAUUUUAUAUCAUCACUCGCAUCAACCAUUCACCUGGUUCAUGCAUAACUAUUAAUUUUCUCUAUUAUUAUUUUCAUUUAUAAACUAAUUCAUUCUUAGAAGAAUUAAACGGCGAAACAUUAUGUCGGAACCCGUAUCGGUGGGAGAAGAGGCAGUGGUUUUAGAUGAAACCAAACCAUCUACUGUUAAUAAGACGGACCGAUUAAACAAGACUGAGUAUACGACCGAUGUUUCGCCCACAAAGAAUAGUUCCUAUUAUUACUGGCACAGUCACGAAAAAGAGCGCGCAAAAGUCGGCGAUGUAGCCCCAAUGCUCACACCUGUUUUGAUAAGCCGCGGUGAAAUGGCUGAUACGCCGGUUCAUGUGCCGCUUCACAAAACGGUAAAGAAAUAUCAAUGGUGCGAUGAAGGCCUCAAGACAGUCUCGGUGUACGUGCAGGUCGCUGAUGAAGCGGGUGAGGAACUGGACGAGGAUUCCGUUAAGGUGGAAAUUUUCUCAAAGUCUGUACGAGUAAGCUUUUCCACCCAAAUCGUUGCCUCUGCUGCACAAAACUACAAGCAGCUUCACCUUUCUCUGGCCAAAAAGGUCAACCCCAAAGCAUCCUCGUAUAGGAUAAAGUCGUCCAAGAAAGAAAUCACCUUAAAACUUAUGAAGGCUCAGGAUGGGACAUGGUUUGACCUUGUAGGCACCCCAGCUUCUGACAGCGACGACGAGGAAGAUGGUGUGAAUGCUGAUUUGACUGAGGAUGGAAAAACUAAAGAAAGUGAGGAAGACAUGGCUAACAGAGCUGAAUAAGGAUAAUCGUCAAUUAUUAUUAUUAUCAUUAUUACUCAUUAUUAUUUUUAUUACUAUCAAUACAUAAUGAACAGAGAAAAAUAAUAAAUCUUUAGCGUCCACUCCCAUUCCUUAGAAGUUACGCCCACGGAACAUCCUCAAAUUCCGAAAACUUUAUUGCUCUUGUUUACAUGUUAAGUAACAAUUGUCACACUAAUGAGUAUCUAUAUCUAUAUGCAUAAUUUAUCCGUUUGUAAUUUUUGCGUUUUCCAUGCCAAUGAGAAAGCAUUAAUGGCAAUAUGAAGGCUUUGUAUAAGUGUUCUUAUUUUAAUUUCCUUAAUACAGAGUAAAUCAGCAUUUCAGUCAAGGUAUCUCAGAUGCACCGUAUCAUUUCAUUCUCAAUAAUUUAUUUUAGUAGCUGAAUAUUUUAUGAUAAUAAAUAUUAUUAAUAUUCAAUCGUUAAACAAAUUAUUCUGAAGGGGCAAACAUAUUUUAUAGACAGUUUUAAUCUUCAGGUUACCAAUCAGAACAAAAUAAUGCAUUGUAAACAAGGGUAUGCUCAAUCAUUCUGUAUCUAUUUCCUUUCUGUUUGUUUCGACAUAAAUUUAGGAAUAGUAUAGGAAUUUUUUUUCAAAGGUAGUUCACAGCUUUAUCUCGAAAUUUUACAAACACAAAAGGGUUAUCUAUACUUAGUAUACCAAUUUAAUUUAUUCUAACGUGCUCUUUUACAAGAACAUAAACUUCACCAAAUAAGGAUAAAUUAAUCGGGAGUCUCAUAACCUGAAAAGGACAGUUUCUAAAGCAGUGAUUUUUAAUCACGCAAUUAUUGUGAAUUGGAGAGUUUUCAUUUUGUAUGCAUAUGUGCAUUAUUCUAAGGUCUAAAACACAACUGUUUUAACACGUAAGGAGAAGUAAAAAUAAUAAAAAAGUAAGCAAACGAAUCAAAGAAGUGAUUCACUUUUUAAAGACUUAUUUAUCAUAGGGUUGUAGUUCGACUGAUUUUCAUUGUUUUUAUUUUGAAGCUGAAAUUGGGUUCGGAAAAGUAAGCCUAAAAACGAAAUUAAAAGAAUAAGGGUUACUUACCUUUAUUCCCCCAAAGCAAAGCUAUUUUUUUCCCUUCCUUUUAGUGCAAGUUUCUGUUGAGUUUCUUUGAUACAUAUUUCUCAUAGGUUCCGUUUUGUUCAAAACUAUUUCUUUCGAAGCCGUUUUUUUUUGGAGCUUCCAAAAUUGUUGCCUUACUUGAAAAUCUGUACAAUAGAACGUUUAAAUAAUAUUCAUAAUAAAACAGCGAGUUAACAUUUUGCGUUGUCUUCCGUUCUUUUGAAUCAUGAAGAGCUAAAAUCGGUAAAAAAAGGUUAAAUGUAAGUAAUCGUCUAUCUCCGAAGGUGUUAGUGUUUACUAAGGGAUUAAUAAACUAAAAGUAUCUCUGCUAUCAAGGAUAUCACAAAGAGCUUUACUUUUGGACAGAGUUUUAGUUCCAUCUAAAAAGUUUCAAAGUAAAGAUAGCUACUUUAUUUUAUAUACUUUUUCAUGCGAUUUUUGAACGGGAAGUUUAUUUUUUACCUUUUUAAAAAAAUAAAAAUAUAUACAUAAAGCAUACGCAUCUAUACAUUGAUUGAUUGUCGGCAUUAUUUAUUUAAUCCCGCAAAAACACGCACUCCUGUGGGUUUAUAAGUGUAAGUAUAAAUCUCUAUA